CCUGCCCACCGUCGCUAGGGUGAGCUUGCCUAGAGAGGAGCCACUCGUAUUCGGAAUAGGCACGCCCUCGCUCGCCGAAGUUCGAGACGUAGCCUCUUUUCCGCCGUGGGAAAAAAAUUGCAGAAAUUGGAAUUUGGGUGAGUGUGUUUUGGGUCGGCGGCAGCAUCAAGAGCACCAUCGUCAAGCUUGAGAGAGGGCAUCAACCAACAGCUCCUCUCCCUCCCGCACCUGCCGUAGACGACAGCGAAGCUAGAGGUGGCCGCAGAGCACGCUGGUGUAGCCUGGAGUCACCCUUCUACAGCUGCUGCUUACUACUGCUGCACGAGCGAGUAGGUCGAGAGAAACAGCGAUAGGGGGUCCGACCAAACGCGACGAUAUAUUGUCGUCAUCAUCAUCUACUGCUUUUGCUUCGACUGCUGAUUCGGAGAGGAGAGGGAGAGAGACAGAGAGAGCUGCCACAAGCUCACGACACCGCCUGAAGGGGGAGGAGGAGAAAAGAGUGUGACGACACACAGCUGUGGUGUUGUAAGGGGCGGCUGCUGCUGGUUUAUUUACACAUCGGCGGGGGGGCUUUGGCCGAGAAAAAUAUGAUACCGGCAGCAGCAGGCGGCCAGCAGCCCACACGCCCUCGUCAAGGGCAGAAUAGUGUUAGCGCCGGCGGCGGCGGCGGCGGCGGCGGCAGCAGCAGGGCCGAUGACCACGGAAGCGAGGCGGCCAGGUUGGCGACGGCGGAGGUGGAGUUUAGGUCUGCCGUGCAGAGGGAGCAGGCGGCCCUCAUGGCUUCCGGGGUCAGUCGUAUCGAGAGGAUGCGCCGGUGCUAG